AUGGCUUCAACAGAAACAGGAUGUCAGCAAACGCCAUCGAGUUCCCGGUACUCAAACGGAGCCUCAUCAUCGGCCGCCUCGGUACAACAACGACAGAUCAUAAAAACGCCUAGGGUCAUAAAUCAAUUCUACAAGCUCGUCUCCGACCCGCAGCUGAAAGGAGGGCGAAAGCAACUUUAUCGAACGUUGGGCAAAGUGAUCUCGACGAAUCCGGAAGAUGAAAAGUACAACUGGAAACCGACGGAUGGCCAUUAUGAUCGACGACAUCGAAAGAAUCGAGAUCCACCAGAAGUUGUGAUUCCAAUAUUUAAAAUCGACGCAAACUAUGUGACAACGCCGCCCCAACGUGAAGUAUGCAUAUCGGGACUAAACGACAACAUAAACGAGGAAUUCUUAACAAAAACCGCCAACAAAAUCGGUGAGCUUUUGAAAGUGCACGUCUACUACCAUCCGGACACGCAGAAAUACUUAGGGAUUGCACUGCUUAUUUUCAGAAGACCCUCGUCGGCGCUACAAUUUUGCCAGGAAUUCCACGGGAAAUCUUUAAUGGGCAACGUUCUCACAUGUCUUCUUGAUCCUUGGGCGGCACUCGUUUCACAAAAGUUUGAGACUUCAACUUCACAACCUUGCCCGAUUCCUCAUCAUUUACGAGACAUGGAAGAAAACCGAUUGAUGAGAUUACGAGAAGAAAUGCUGACUCAACAAUCACCUCAAGAUUUUCGUGAAGAUGAUCAAAAGUCGGAGCCGAUGGAGUUGGAGACCGGAUCGAUGGAUUCACCAAAAAGUCCUUUGCUUUCCUCCUUUCAACAAGAAGACCCAAGAUCUCUACCUUUUGAGCCAAGUCCAUCAAAAGCUGUUGCCGAUCAUCGAAUCAACAAUUUCUCUCAUCAACAAGGUUCUCAACGAGUCACCCCACCAUCAGAACGAUUGGCGGAUGAUCGACCGAAUAGUCGAAUACAUCAACUGCCUCCAAGUAUCUCGCUUCCGACUGCAAUGCCGCCAAAAGCACCACUAAGCCCCCAUCAUUAUCCCACGAAAGAAGAACUUCCUCAACUCAACUCGUCACGAGUGCUUUUUGAAGAGGCUUCGAGUAAACAACAGAAAAAGGAUAGUGGACGAAAAAGAAAACGGCAUAACCGACAUUCUUCAUCGUCACCAUCAUUGAAUGAAGAGAAGAAAGAGGAAAUUUGGAGAGUCAAGCGGAAAUACAUCAAACGGGAAGAAGAGAGAACAGAGAUUGUGAGCCGAGUGACAAUAACGAAAAAGAAAACGGUAAAACGAUCACUUUCACCAGUGGUUCCUGGAGCAGAAGCGGUUUCGGAUUCGUCAUCUUCAAGCAGUUCUGACGAGGACCAGCUGCAUCGUGGCCUUAAGACUUUGUUGGAUGAUAAACGAUGGUUUAAGAGAAAAGAAAGAAGUCGAGAAGAUACCAGCGAGCAUGCACGUGGCACACACCAUUGGACGAGUUCGGAUUCGGAAAGUGAUGAAGCGAAUAAUAAAAGAAGAAAUCGAGGAAAGAAGAACUCAAAACGACCGAAAAACCGAGCCGAUUCAUCGCGAGAAAGAGCGAGUUCGAGAAGUCGCGGAUAUUCUAGACAAGAUCAUGCUCGAAUUCUCGAUCCAUCACCAAACACAUCGGUUGUCUGCUUUCUUCCCUCACAAACAACUUUUGAUGUUUCGAGUCUACCUCUACCACCCGGCCCACCACCUCCAUACUCUGCAAUUCAACAAAUACCGCCGGCAUCAAAACCCGAUGAACGAGUCCCAUCAGUCGUUUUCCCAAGAGUUCCCUAUGUACCAGUUCCACUUCAUAUGGUUGAUUUCUCUGUGCCACCGCCCACAUUGAAUGGAGUCAUACCUCAGAGACCGCCACCUCCUGAAAGUGUCACCGACGCACCAAAAGUCUAUCAAAGAAUCGAAGAAAUUGCCGGGAGAAGUUAUGUAGACGAAACAUUGCCGCCCCCUUCAAAACCAAAAGAAAGUCUAUCAGAACGAUUGAGUUCCUUGUUUAAACUUGAUAUCGCUAGCACAUCCAUUUCGAACAGUCCCGAGCCACCAGUGACCCCGGUGAAGCCGAAAGUUCAUGAAUCACCGAGCAAACCGCUACUACAAGUGAAAGAAGAACCGACGAAACGAGGAAAUUACAAGGACAGCUAUGCGAUCGAUUUGAAUAAAGUGAAACCGCCGGUUGAACGAGAAGAAAAACCAAAUGAGAUGAUUAUUGCAAUGGCGACCGGUGAUGCACUAUCAAAAGCGGCGAAUGAUUUGGUCAUAGCUGUUCAUCGAGAUUUAAUGAAGAUGUUCGAAAAAAUUUCUGCUGAUGUCUUCAAUGAGUCACUAACAAGGAAGCGGCAAGAGAUGGUGGAGAGAAAUAAACAGAAGGCACUGGAGUCUCUCCGAGCGACGAUUGGCUCAGAAGAUAAGGACAAAAACGAGAGCUUAUUGAGUGCUUAUAUUAGCCCGGUAAAAUUGCAGAACAAUGACUUUUCAAUGCCAAAGAUGCCAAGUUUCCGAAUGAAGAAAGUUAGUCAAGACUUUGAAGAACCUGCCCCGACUUUACCGCACUCAAGCUCAACGUCAUCACGAGAUAAUGACUCGGAUUCGGUCACAACAAAAGCUGAUGAGGAUUAUAAUAGCGAUUUGACGCAGGUGGAUUCUGAAUCCGAAUCGAUUGACUCUUCAACGGCUUCUUCUUGUUUCACCAAAUCAAAAGCGAGUCCUCUUCCCGAAAGCGAAGAACUGAAACGUGAUGCCAAACUUGCAACACUUGCCCGAAUUUUGCAUGAAAAGGACCUCACGAGAUCCCCGGCCUCGAUUGCUGACGAGGAGACUACGGAAAUGGGAUUGCUAGUUGUGAAAGAAACCGACGACGACACUUGCUCGAGGGUUCGUCCAUUUGUCUUCCCUGCAGGCAGAGUUGACCCAAUGACUUCUUCAUCGAUGAGAGUACGUGGAGCUGGACUCGAUCGCUACGAUGCGCGCCUACUCGAUCACUGUUACCCCUGUGACCUCGGGAAAACACGAGAGCUGGCCCUUCCGCCGCCCAAUUGGACUCCACAGGGCGGGAAAACCCUUACAGAAGCGGCCACGAUUCCCCUGGGCAGGCCCUCCUCAACUACAUCUGCACCUACCAAAAAGAAAAACGCCAAGGCGACCCGACUCGAGAAAGAGCUUAACGCUUUACUACCGCCGGCGGUCAACAAGAAGGAUCUACGAGCGGAAACUCCCGAGGCGCAACGACCGAAGAAAAUUCAGAAGAAAUUCACCAAACGAACACUUGAAACCGAGCGACAAAUCACCGAGAAUCUGGUUUUGCUAGACACCGAGGACCAGGAGUAUCUGAGAAAAUCGUUGGCUUUGAAACAAGCAGAAAGAGAGGAGCCGAAAAACUUCUCGGAAUUUGGCGAACACCACUAUCGAGCAUCGACAUCUCAGGACUAUUACGUGCCGUUUGUGCCCUGUGAAACCGUGGCCACUCCGCGAAUAUUGGAUGUACCGACAAAAAUCAACGGUCUCGAGUUGCACUAUGACGACAGAACACUGGCUGGUGUGCGACCGGUGGAUGAGGGGUGUGCGAAAAUUAGGCCUUAUCAAAAGUUGACGAUCAAAGAGAAGAGGAGUUUGAUUCGACGCCCCGAUGGAAUAUCAGACCUCCGAAUGGAUAUCAGUCAACAGGAUGAAAUCGCGAUGCGACACCAGGCGCUGAUGUCACGUGAACAGAAACAGCUGGCGCGGAAGCUUCUCGCUGACACAAAUUCCGAACUUUUCAAGGCCAAUCAAUUACGGUACCGAAAGAAGAUGAUCAAAUUUGCGAGGUCAAAGAUUCACGGAUGGGGACUCUAUGCAAUGGAGACAAUAGCACCUGAUGAUAUGAUUGUUGAAUAUAUCGGACAAAAGAUUCGAUCGUCGGUUUGCGAAGAACGAGAGGUGGCCUAUCAGAAACGAGGCAUGGGUGACAGCUAUCUCUUCCGGGUUGAUGAAAAUGAGGUGAUUGAUGCGACUCAGAAAGGAAACGUGGCCCGUUUCAUCAAUCAUUCGUGUUCUCCGAAUUGCUAUGCACGAGUGGUGACCGUUGAUGGGGAUAAACGAAUUGUUAUCUACAGUAAAGGUCUGAUCAACAAAGGAGACGAGAUCACCUAUGAUUACAAAUUCCCGAUAGAGGACAACAAACAGGAGUGCCUGUGUGGAGCGCCGAAUUGUCGAGGCACACUUAAC